CACGUGACAUCGAGUGAGUCAUUGCCUGCAAUGCAUAGCCUAUGAGUGAAUAGAGAGUCGUAUAAAAUGUAUUGCAAUAGAAAUCUCGAGUAAUAUAUGACGAGUAGUGAGACAUACAGUGAGGCAUACAGUGAGCCAUAAUAGCAGGCAUUUUGUCAUUCAUUGCAAUACUUAUCGCUUUUAUUGCGUUUUUGCCCACAAUUUGUAUACCAUUUCUAACAAUACUUUGCUUUUAAAUCACUUGAAUUGAUCCAAACCUACCAUUCAAUCCAUUCACUGAUUAUCGCAAUUGUCUUCUGAUUGUCCAUUGAGUCGAUUGUGUCUACCGUUUGUGUCGACGAAGAAUAUAGUGUUUGUUCAGCGAUUGUAUUGCAAUCAGUGAAGCGUCGGAUCAACUGAUCACUGAUUAUCACUAGUAAUGAAGUUUGCGUACAAAGAAGAGCACCCGUACGAGAAGAGGAGGGCUGAGGGCGAGAAGAUCCGCAAGAAAUAUCCCGAUAGAGUGCCCGUGAUCGUAGAGAAGGCCCCGAAGGCACGGAUCGGCGAUUUGGACAAAAAGAAGUAUUUGGUUCCAUCG